UACACAUAUCACUGAAAGAAAACCUUUCACAUUAUCACAUUAGCAAAAAACCUGUAAUUCCAUGUGCAUAAAAACACAUAAUCAUUCUUCUUUCUUCUUCCUCCCCCAAUUACAUACUACCAAAAAAUGAUCCUAAUAUCAGAAGUUGCCGUUGAUGUUUUGUUAGUGUUGCUUGUGUUUGUUUCUUCUUCUAAAUUACAUAUCUCAGUCUCCGGUUCUUCGUUUAGUUCAAUUGGGGAAAAACAGGUACAACUAGAUGGAGAGGUAGAAUCUCUUCUACAAUGGAAAUCAACUCUUAUGAACCAAACUUCUUCUCUCCUUCCAUCUUGGAACAGAAAUUCUACUAAUGGUACAAUCAGUCAAUGCAAAUGGUACGGAAUCACUUGUAACAGCGAGGGAAGUGUCACGGAAUUGAAUCUUGCAGGUAUGGGUUUACAAGGUGCACUCCAUGAUUUUAACUUCACAUCUUUUGCCAACUUUGUUAGUCUUGACUUAAGCGAAAACAAACUCUCCGGGUUCAUUCCUUCUCAAAUUGGUAAUCUUUCAAAACUCACUCAUCUUACUCUUUCCAAUAAUCUAAUUAGUGGACUAAUUCCUCAACAAAUUGGAAAUUUGCAUUCUCUUACUAAUCUGUGGUUAUCUUUUAACCAACUGAAUGGUUCUAUGCCUGCUUCAAUAUGCAAUCUAACAAACUUGAUCAGCUUAUCGGUCCGUGCAAAUAACCUUUCGGGCAUCAUUCCUCGAGAAAUCGGAAAUUUAAGGUCUCUUAGUGCUUUGAUUUUAUCCUCCAAUACUUUCACUGGUUCUAUCCCUUCUUCUUUAACUGACUUGACUGCCUUGCGUCGUCUCUUUCUUUACGAAAAUCAUCUCACUGGUUCGAUCCCUCAUGAUAUAGGAAAUUUAAGGUCUCUUUAUCACUUAUCUUUGUAUAUGAAUAAACUAACUGGCUCAGUUCCUACUUCUGUGGGUAAUUUGAGAAACGUAACUCAAUUUUCUCUUUCUGACAAUCAAUUAUCUGGGUCAUUACCAUCAGAGUUCGGAAAUCUAACCAUGUUGACGCUACUUUCUUUGGAUAGUAACUCUCUUUCGGGGAGUAUACCUGCUAGUAUAGGGUACUGCAUCGAGCUUACAUAUCUAAAUCUUGGCAACAACAAUUUUUCUGGAGGUAUUCCAAAUGAGCUUGCAAAUGCAGGAUUACUGGAAUAUUUGCAACUAAAUGACAACAACCUCAGUGGUUCUCUUUCUAGUUCAUUCGGUAAACUUCAGCACUUGAAAGUUCUCAUUUUAGCGGACAACUAUAUUGAAGGCAAUAUACCUUCUGAGUUUUGUUCACUUCAUGACCUUCAGAUCCUUUCCCUGAGGUCAAACAAGUUCAACGGUUCUAUUCCUGAAGAGAUUACUAAGUUGUACCAACUCCGUAUUUUGGACUUGUCUCAAAACAAUCUCACUGGCCUAAUUCCUAAGAAUGUCGGGAAUCUAAAGAAGUUAUUAACUAUACUAGAUGAUAUAUCUACCAUUACUUAUUAUGCCUCUGAGGAUGUGAAAUUGAAUAUGGUGAUCAAAGGGAUCAGUGCUCCGCUUGCGAUAUUCUUAAGUUAUAACUCGGCGAUUGAUUUAUCAUCUAACAAUCUUACCGGAAACAUUCCAAAAGAGAUAGGUUUGUUAAAAGGACUUUAUAUGCUUAAUCUGUCACACAAUCAUUUCUCGGGUGAUAUUCCAGCCAGUGUGGGAGAUAUGUCUGGUUUAGAGUCUUUGGAUUUAAGUUGGAAUAAAUUGUCUGGAAAUAUCCCCCAGUCUUUGACAUCAAUGGAUUCUCUUGGUUUCAUGAACUUAUCUUACAACAAGUUGAGUGGAAAGAUUCCAGAAGGAACUCACUUUGAGACUUUGAGUUGGGAUGGUUCAGUUUUCAUUGGGAACGAUUUAUUAUGCGGUACACCUACGAUAAAUGUUUGCAAGGGCGAUCAGAACAUUGGCUCUACACAUGCAGUGGAAAAAGAUGACCAGGAGGAUGCGAAUGAGAGACUACUGUUUUACGGUGUUAUUGCAAUGGGAUUUGUAGCUGGAUUUUGGGGUUUAUUUUUAGUUUUGCUUCUUAGAAAAGAGGAAUGGUGGACAGCGUACUGGAGGAAUGUUGAUUCUGUUGCAGUCGCAAUUACCCGUCAUAAUAAAAAAAAAUUGUAGCAUGCAAUCAAAUUUCUCUUAUAUAUUAUCCUCAUUGAUA